AUGACCGACGCUCAGUUGGCUUUGCCUCCACAAAAGGAGACCGGCCACACACCCAAAAAGAAACAGUCGAAGAAACCCGAUCCGAUUUCAAUCUCGAACGGGGCAAAGCUGGCCUCGCCAUUCCCGUCUCCCACCGAACCAGCCCGCCCAGCUUCACUUCAACAAACUCAACCGAUAGAUGCCACAGAAGACGAAAAAGCCCCGGAAACCAAGGAAUUGAUAAAGGGAUUCGAAGAAGCUCAGAAUAGCAAGGAGAACCCCCGCUCAUCUUCCACGCAGCGGGGCUCCCCAACAAGCAAACCGCCGCUGAGCGCUCGCGCACCAAAUAGGUCGACCGAUGACCGGGCACCCUCUCUGAACCACCAGAAACCUCAAUCACCCGGGUCAGGGAUGUCUCCCCAAUCUCGUGCUCCAAGUGUUCAAUUCCGAGACACCGACAAUGAAGCCCCCGAAGCCUCUCAUUCCCGGCCACACUCCCGGCCAUCGUCUCUAUAUGAAGAUGGAGAGCAAGCAAGAGGGAGACAGUCACUCAUGACUCGAUUGAAAUCAUUGGCUGCAUCUCCCCCGUUUGCAUCGCACUCCCGGUCUGCCAGCGGAGCCACGAUUGGGGAUUUCCGACCCCAAGCUGACCUGGCGACCCCAGGCUCUGAGCGUGAGGAGCGCGGGGAAUUCCGCUUUCCCGAACCUCUGGCGGAAGAAGGAAGUGAUGCAGAUGCAGACGCUGAAGAAAGUGGUGGCGAACAGCGCGAUCCUCCCAAAAAGAAAAGGAUUCUUCGGCGUCGGCAACAAACGGACGAGGAGCUUGGAACGCGAACGGCUCCCACAACCCCUAAAGCAACACGGCGCCCGUCCUUCCAUUUCUCUUCCUCCUUUGCUCCCUUUGAGAACUACCGGACCAACCUUUUUCCUCGAAGAGCCAGCACUACCGAUUUCACCCCUCAGCCUCGGGAAGGCGUCUCUGAGGAUGAGGGCAGAGCUCAACUGAGUCGGAGGAAAAGAAGCGCUUUGGCGGCUCGUGGCCUGUCCUAUAUUGGACUGCAAAAUGAUGGCCAGGCAAAUCAGGAGGAACAACGGCCAAGCCACUUGAGGCGACUGACUGGCCUUGCUGGGCCAUCCGAAAAUGCCGAAAGCCUUGCCGCUACCUGGAGACGCCAUCGCAACGAACGAGGCACGAGUGCCAGUGCCCAGCGCUGGCGACAGAUCAAGGCUGGUUUGAAGCUAAUUGGCCAACGACGAAAGCCCGAUCAUACCGUGGAUAACAAAAAGUCCGCAGAGCUGCUUGCUGAGCUGGCCUCAGCCGUCCCCGCUGCGUUGAUUUUGGCCAGUGCCUUCCAACGAGACGAACACGGCAGCAAAAGAAUACCGAUUCUUCUAGAGCAACUUAAGGUUCGGGUGACCGAUAGUCGUAUCGAUGCUCAUUCCGGCGAUCGUCAUCUUGUCUUCCGCAUUGAACUGGAGUAUGGAAGUGGUAUGACCCGAAUGAAAUGGAUCAUUUUCCGGACUCUGAAGGAUUUCGCCAACCUGCAUCUCAAGUACAAGCUUCACCUUGGAACACAGAAGUAUAUCCAGCUUCGGACUACCGAAAAUAGCCCCAGCCUUCCCCGGUUUCCGAGAAGUGCUUUUCCCUAUAUGCGAGGUGUUCGAGGACUGGAGAGCGAAUUCGAGGAUGAAGAAGACGACGGAGGCUAUGAAACUGGCCCUGAGGCACAGAGUGGCACAGAAAGAGCCGGAAAAAAGAAGGUUAAAGAACGCAGACCUUCUGCUGGAAUUGCUCGCAGAAAGUCCAGCAUCACUAGCCCUCCAGAAGGAGAAGCCGGUGCUGCAACUUCAACUCAUGAGGGGGCAGGGGGCAGAAGGGAGACUUACCCAGAACGGCAACGGAAGAAGCUCGAACUCUACUUGCAGAAGAUGAUCCGAUUCUUGAUCUUCCGAGCUGACAGCAAUCGCCUUUGCAAAUUCUUGGAGUUGUCUGCUCUUGGAGUCCGUCUCGCUGCCGAGGGCAGCUAUCAUGGUAAAGAAGGCUUCUUGAUCAUCCAAUCAUCUAAAGGCUUGGACUUCCGACGAGCUUUGACCCCUUCCCUUAUCAAGAAGCGCCAUUGGCCCAAGUGGUUUCUUGUUCGACACAGCUAUGUAGUCUGUGUUGACUCUCCCGAAGAAAUGAACAUUUACGAUGUCUUCCUGAUAGAUCCUUAUUUCAAGAUUCAAACCCAGAAGAUGAGUCUUCGCAACCAGAAGGCGAAAGAUCUAGCCAAGUCAGCGAAGGAGUCUGCCAGGCACCCUCAACAUCACACUUUGCGCCUUGAGAAUUCCGAGCGCAAGCUGAAGCUUUUGGCACGAAAUGAGCGUCAACUUCAACAGUUCGAGGACUCAAUUCGUUUCAUGGCCGCAAAUACCCCCUGGAUGCAACCCAAUCGGUUUGAUAGUUUUGCCCCUGUGCGUCAAAAAUGUUUUGCGCAAUGGCUGGUGGAUGCACGCGACCAUAUGUGGGUUGUAUCGAGGGCUAUCAAUCAAGCAAAGGAUGUCAUUUAUAUUCAUGAUUGGUGGUUGAGUCCGGAGCUUUACAUGCGGCGACCUGCUGCCAUUAGCCAAAAAUGGCGAUUGGACCGUCUCCUACAGCACAAGGCUCGUGAAGGUGUAAAGGUAUUCGUGAUCAUGUACCGGAAUAUCAAUUCGGCCAUCCCCAUCGACUCGGAGUACUCCAAGUUCUCCCUUCUUGAACUCCACCCCAACAUCUUUGUCCAGAGAUCUCCCAACCAGUUCCGCCAGAACACUUUCUUCUGGGCUCAUCACGAAAAGCUGUGUCUUAUUGACCAUACGGUGGCUUUCGUGGGAGGAAUUGAUCUUUGUUUCGGGCGUUGGGACACCCCUCAACAUCAGCUGACGGACGACAAACCCACUGGUUUCGAAAAUACCGAUUUGCCUAAAGAUGCAGACAACUGCCAGCUCUGGCCUGGAAAGGAUUACUCUAACCCGCGUAUCCAAGAUUUCUAUGAUUUGGAUAAGCCUUACGAGGAGAUGUAUGAUCGUAAUGUUGUACCACGCAUGCCCUGGCAUGAUAUUUCGAUGCACGUGGUUGGCCAGCCUGCUCGGGAUCUUACUCGCCAUUUUGUUCAACGGUGGAAUUAUAUUCUUCGUCAGCGGAAACCAACACGCCCCACGCCUUUUCUCCUGCCACCGCCAGACUUCAAUCCGGCUGAUCUGGAAGCCCUGGGUCUAGACGGAACUUGUGAGGUUCAAAUUCUGCGUUCCAGCAGUAUGUGGUCGACUGGAACCCCGGACGUCACCGAACACAGCAUCAUGAAUGCCUACGUCAAGCUGAUUGAAGAGUCUGAACAUUUUGUCUAUAUCGAAAACCAGUUCUUCAUCAGUACCUGUGAAAUUGAUGGUAGAAAGAUUGAAAACCUGAUUGGUGAUGCUCUGGUGGAGCGUAUCGUUCGAGCAGCCAAGAACGAGGAAGCAUGGCGCGCUGUCAUUGUGAUUCCACUGAUGCCUGGUUUCCAGAACACCGUGGACAGCGAAGGGGGAACUAGUGUGCGCCUUAUCAUGCAGUGCCAAUACCGCAGUAUCUGUCGUGGGGAGACAUCGAUCUUUGGACGACUUCGUUCGCUUGGCAUCGAGCCCGAAGACUACAUCCAAUUCUUCAGCUUGCGAGCCUGGGGCAAGAUCGGUCCACAUAAGCAGUUGGUUACCGAGCAAUUGUACAUUCACGCGAAGUGCAUGGUUGUCGAUGACCGAGCCGCCAUUAUUGGAUCAGCGAAUAUCAAUGAACGCUCCAUGCUUGGAUCGCGAGAUUCAGAAGUGGCGGCUGUUGUUCGGGACACUGAUAUGAUUUCAUCCACCAUGAAUGGCAAGCCGUAUCUGGUUGGACGAUUCCCGCAUACUCUUCGCAUGCGUCUCAUGCGGGAGCAUCUUGGAAUCGAUGUGGACGAGCUUCUUGAGCAUGACUUCGCCACUGAAGAAGAACUAAGGAAGAUCCAAUUUGCCGAAGAAGGCGACCAGCGUGAAGGCAGCCGCGAACGCCGCGAAUCAGAGUCAUCUGUCAUUGAGAGACAAGACGAGCGUGAGAUGAUUGAACGUCGGCACCGCGUUCAGGAUGAGUUCCUGUCUCGCUCCGAAGGAAUGCAUAGUUUCAACCAUGAUGUUGAUUGGGAGCAAGGGAAUAACCCCAACCUCAAGAGUAAUCGGAGAUUGACAGCCGAUCCCCGAGUUACAGAUAACUCCGAGCACAAGAAAGAUGUGGAUGGUGACGGUGUCGACAAUCUGAGGGCAGCUGAACAGGCUGGUUUGGGGGUCGGACGUGAUUCACAGAUGGCGCCUAGUGGAAGAGAGGCAUUGGUCUCUCCGAUUUCGUCUGAAGGCAAGGGUACCAUCGACCAACCGAAGCAGUCGUCUCCGCGAAAGCUGUCUCGAGCGGCUUCUGCAUGCAAGGAGAGAAAGCAAGGAUCUUCAGGUGAAACUGCCCGUGACUCUGAAACCAACACCAACUCAGAUACCCCAUCACAAGGCCAUGGCGCCUCUGGAUCUUCGAGUCUCGAAUCUGAGAAUGGCAGCAGUGGCCUAAUCAUGUCCAAAGAGAGCCACGACAAUUCCAGAUUUGGGCAACCAUUUGUACCCGACUUGAAGCGUAUUUUCAUUGACAAGGAUUGCAUGCGGGAUCCAGUAAACGAUGCCUUUUACCUGGAUACAUGGCAAGCUGUUGCGGAAAAGAACACGAAGAUCUUCCGCUCCGUGUUUCGCUGCAUGCCUGACAGCGAGGUGAAGAACUGGAAGGAGUACAAGGAAUAUGCGGCAUAUGGUGAACGAUUUGCUGAGAUGCAAAGCCAUCAUAGCAGCAAGUCGUUCAAUCCACCUCAUCAGAAACAGACUACUUCACCUGGUGUUGGCUCCAACACCGCUGCUACUGCCACUUCCAUUACUUCUCCAAUAUCUCUUAUUAGCCCUAAGACUGAAGGACCGACGACCGAGUCGAAGACAUUCUUAGCCAUUGACGAAAAGGCCGGUCUGGGCACAUCUGAUGCCAGCAAUAACGACGGCGAACGGCCACAACCCGAGCUUGCUCAUCAAGAAACUCUUUCAUCUAUCGAUGAAAAGGCUGCCCUCAAAACCAUGUCAGAUCCCCACCUGUUGAGUACUGUGCAGAAUGCGCAAGAAGAUCUCAACGUCGGGGAGGACGCUGAAAAGCCACGUGCGGCUUCGAUACAAGUCGACUACUCUGAGGCCAUCAAUUUGAAUGCAUCUCUCAACCGAAGACGAAGACGUCGAGCAACCACAAGUGGUUCCAAACGUGAGUUUCAUGCCUCGGACGAAGUCAUGGAUAAGGGGCGUGCAGAAGACCUUCUGAACAAGGUUCAAGGCCAUCUCAUCCUGUGGCCUUAUGAGUGGCUUGAGAAAGAGGAACAAGGUGGCAACUGGCUCUAUGCGUUGGACCAGAUCUCACCAUUGGAAAUUUACAACUAA